CAGUCCAAAAAACCUCGGACACUGUAAAAGCUUUUAGGGUAUUCCUUAGAACCUUGCAGGAAAUGAUUUCAGUAACUGACUCGUUCUUUGAAUUCAAAAGGGAAGUGUCAAAUCCUAAGGUCAAGCUGAGCUUUGAAUGGUUGCGUGAAAACUGCAGGUGCAAUAUUUGCUACAACAAUAUAACCAACCAACGUAACAUAAGAAUUAUUGACAUAGAUCCCAGUAUACAGCCGCUCAAUUUUUCUACUUGUGGAAAAGAAUUUGUUGUUAACUGGAGCGAUGGACAUAAAUCUGUGUAUGAUUUGGAAUGGAUCACAAGCCAGACCAAGGUGGAAAGUGGACCUCAAGAAGUACUGUGGUCCGGGGACGUGUCACGAGAGGUAGAACAUGUGACGGCCAAUGAGGUGAAGUCUCAACAUGGCAUUUCUAGGCUGGUCAAGUCACUUCUGCGGUUUGGAGUUGGGUUUGUCACUGAUGUGGAGCCGAGCGUAGCUGCCACUGAGGAAGUGAUCCGCCAUGUUGGUCCUCCGCAGCACACCCUGUUUGGAGCAAUGUGGGAGUUCAGUGACCAGAUGGAUCACCUGGACACAGCCUACACAAACCUAGCGUUAGACCCUCACACUGACACUUGCUACUUUAUAGAGCCUGCAGGAUUGAUAAUCUUCCAUUGUAUCAAAAGGAACUGUUCAGGAGGUCAAACAAUUCUGGUGGAUGGGUUUAGAGCCGCAAGACAAGUUGAGGUUGAGCAUCCUCAACAUUACGAGUGUUUGAAGACUGUUCACACAGAAUACCAGUACAUAGAGAAGGGCUAUCACCUGUCACAAAUGUCCCCCGUCAUCAGCCAUUGGCCUGAAGGAAAGAUUAAACAAAUUAGAUACAACCUGUAUGACCGAAGUGCCAGGCAGGUUCAGCCAAGUAGUGAGACAUCACAGUUCUACAAGUCCCUCCGCAGCCUCACCUCUGCAGUAGUGAACCCUGCAGAUCAGUGGAGACUCACUCUAGUGCCAGGGACUGUAGUCUUCAUCAACAACUGGAGAGUGCUGCAUGGCAGGUCAGCCUACACUGGGGCUCGCACUAUCACUGGCGCUUACGUCACUAUGGGCAACCUGCUUAGUCGGGCUAGGCUGUUGAGGCUGCUACUGUGAUGAGGAUUGUUUACCGUAGAAGUUUUAGCAGCAGAUUUAAGUUUACCAAAGGUUAAAAGUUUAGCCAGAGAACAAGCAGGGAGUUGGAAUAAUUAAGUUUACCAAUUCUGAAAGGGGCAGACUUAGACUUUUAAGAUCUAGUCUUAGAUUAAUUUGAUCGGAGUUGCAAGAUAAUCAAUUCUACAAGGUCAUAGCUAGGUGAAAUAGGAGGGCUUAGCUUUAUUCAGGAACAAUAGGGGUCCAUAGCAAGAAGACUGAAAAUGAAAAUAUAUACGGAGUUACUACAAGGAAAAUUAUUGCUUUAGUUUAUAGAUCCCCUUACUAUUAUUCACACAAGAGAGGACUCACAUAUUUUUUUAACUUAAAUGUUUCAAAAUUGCAUCAGUGGUAAAUAACUGGGGACAGCAACAAAAAGAAAACUGGCUUCUAUUUAUUUUUGCUUUGAAUACACCACUGGACAGUUUUGAAAAUGUAAAAAAGAAAAAUAUGGAUUUUCCCUGGGAAGAUAUUAGAGGGUAAUUCACAAAAGUUUUCCCUGAGGAAUCUUACAAGUUGACUUUGGCGAAACUAAAUUCUGGAGUUCAGGUGCUGUUAACAUUUGUUAUUGAAUAUCUGGCGGACGUGGAGAAACUAUGAUCUGGUCUAAAUGCUGAGAUGUCAGAGGCUAAAAUUUAAUGUUCUCUUAGUAAAUCAUUUUCUAAAAAAAUAAUAUAAAUAAUUUAUACUGUGUUCCAUAUUUAAGUACGGAUAUGGUAACCUUGUCCAUAAGAAGUCUGUAAAAAAUACUGGUAAUUUAAAUUUUACAUAUGCAUUUAUGGUGUUGAUGAAUAGAAAAUUGUUGUGAACUUGUCUUGAUUUGAAUUGAUAGUGUCAAGGAAUAAAUUAUCGUCAGGCAAUGAGAUUAUACUGUUAUAAUAUGUAUUGCAAUGGAGGGUAGCCUAGGCAAGCUAGGUUGAUGACCUGUUGUCAGUCCUUGCUACCUCGGAAGCGUGCCGGAGGUGUUUUCGUAAACACUGAGGGUUUUGCACCGAGUAGCUAUCGGGUUCAAUAAAUAGGCCACCAGAGGUAGAGAAAGGGGUCAGUCGGCCAGGGCAGGGUGCCCAGAAGAGUUGGGUGAGUACUGGUUGCUCUAUCUUAGGGUUAGGCCCUUUAGCUGGGAGUUUUUUUUGAGGGAAAGUUUUAUUUAAAGGGUAUUAAGA